AUGGCCCCCGAGCGUGCACAGUCUGUCGAAGAUGCGAGAUCGGAAAGCGGCAACCUGGCUGGCCGACCGGCAACCAGGUCUAAACGCUCGGCUAAGAGCAAAGGUUCCGCAGAACGGAAGACGACGACCGCCGCCAAACGCCGGAAGGCGCCGUCCGUGGAGAGCUACCUUUCCAACCGCUCCAAGGCACUGCCGAGGGGCAUCAUCAAGCUUCCCCGCAAGCGACACGCCCCGUCCGAGAAGAAGGUGCACUUCGACCUCCCAUCCACGAGCUCGUCGAGCAGCAGUGAUGACAGGAAACAUCGACACAAGAAACCUCGGCCCAGUUCCUCCAGUAGUGACGGGCACGGACGCCGCUUAAAACACCGGCCGACGCAUACCGGAAGCAGAGAGCGAUCGAGAAGCGCACCCUCCAAGCGGACGCCCAGGACCCGACCACGCAGCUCGAGCAAGCGUCACGGGCACAUUCGGUCAAGGAGCAGCACAUCGUCGAGCAGCAGUGGCCACAGCGACAGACGUCGCCGUUCACUGAGCCACAGGCACGGAGGUGGUGGGCGCCAGUCCUCGGACCGGCGCGGCAGUGGCCGGUCGACGAGCCCCUCUUCAAGCAGCAGCGGUGGCACAGAGCGUCGUAACACCGAGCGACACCGCAGGUCACGGAGCACGUCAUCGUCCUCCCGCAGCAGCAGCAGCAGCGAACGAACAAAACACGAUGCCAAGCGGCAUCGCCGGUAA